AUGAUUGAAGUUCCAGUUGAUGUCAACGAUGUCAUCAACCAAGGUCAGCAAAACGAGCUUUUCCAGCUUCAGUAUAAGAUUCAACAGUACACUGAAGCCAUUCAAAAUUAUGAAAACGUGAUUAAAAAAAUGGAAGAAACGCAUAAAGCACAAAUAAACGAAUUGAAAACAAAUCUUAAUCAUAUGGAAGCCAAAUACUAUGAAAAAGAAGCAGAGAACAAUAUGCUUCACGGCGCAUUGAAAGAAAAGGAAAAUUGGAAUACAUCUAAAGAAAUACUCGAUUUACUUGGAUGCUCCACAAUGGAUCAGGUAGUAUCCAAGAUUACUGAAUUGCAAAAUGAAAAUCGAAGCUUGUUGGUUACAAUCGAGUCAAAUAAGGUAUUUGGAUCAUCUGAAUGUCCUAAAUGCGCAUUAUAUCAGCAAGAAAUUGAAAGUAUUAUGCAAAAUCAUAGAUCUGAAAUGCAAGAAAUGCAAAAAGGAUAUGAAGCCCAGUUAACAAGUAUUAAAACUGCAUCUAAACAAGAUACAAUGAUAACAGACUUUUCAAAGCUUAAUCAGGAGAUUUCUCAAUUGAAUUCUGAAAAUUCGAAAUUAAAAACCAAAAUUGCUACUUUAGAGGAAGCAAACUCUCAAAUAUCCCAUGAGAAUAUGCUUCUUAAACAAGAUAAAGCUCAGUUAGAAAUCAAUAAUCGCGAAUUCAAUUCAAGACUAGAAGAAUUGAAUAAUCAACUAGAGGCAACUAGAAAGAAGGAUGAUUCCAUUAAAGAAACGUUUACAAAUCUAAUAAAGAAAUUAAAUUAUUACAGAGCUCAAAAUGGAACAAGUUCCACAGCGAUUUGUGAGAAAUUAUCAAAUAUAUUUGAGGAAUUACUCAUCACAGAUUCAUCCAAAGAGCCUAAUUUAGAUGAAUUAAUCGGUGUUCUUUCAACAGCGAAACAAGAAGUUCCAUUUGUACCCGAACUUGCAGGUCACUUCAGAACCAGGGCGGAAUUACUAUAUAAUUCUUAUGAAAGCAAGCUUGGUGAUAUUUAUAACAGAAUUGGCGGUAUUGAAGAUAAAUUGCAAAAUAUGAAUCCAAAAUUUGAAGCUUUAGUCUCUCAAAUAACAGAAAUGAAUGAAAUUAAUGAAGAACUACAGGAACGCGUUAGAGAUUUCGAAGAAAAUGAUAUGGCACCAAAAGUUGCAUUUUAUCAAAAACAACUUGCAGAACUUAAGUCAAGAAUGAAGUAA